AUUUUGCUUUCUACAUAAUUUCUUAUCAAAAUAGAUUUCGCUAAUCAGUCAUUAGAAACAAUUAGUGGCUAAAUAUUGAAUUUGGCAUUGUCCUUACGAAUUGUCUAAUUGGUUAUGAGAAAUUGUUUGUAAGCGUAAGGUUGCAGAUUGGAAGAGAGAAAGGGAUGAUAAUGUACUGUGUUAGAGUGACAACUAUGGCCAUGACUGUUCCUUCAUGGAGGCCCACGUGCUGCGCAUCUUCAUCAUCUUCUUCUUCUGCUUCUACAGCUGUCAUCAACACAGAGCAACUGCGUUCUCAAAUUGAUCAUCUUCAUGCUGAGGCUGACACCACCAGAGCCAAGGCAACUAAUGCUAGAUUGAGGCUUCUGCGGUUGUCAGAAGCUGCAGAGAAGCUUCAAAAACAGGCAGUUAUGAGCAUUCAAAAGGGGGAGGAAAAUUAUGCAAGGGAAAUGCUUUUUCAGAGGAAGAAGGUGUUGCAGGCUUUGGACAAGUCUAAAAGACGCAUUGAAUUGCUUGAUGAGCUUUCCGCAAAGUUAAGUGAGUUUCAGGCAAUAUCUUUGAAAGAAAGUCAGCUAAUUGGAAAUGUUAAUGUGAACAUUGAAGACAUAACAAAAGAUGCUUCAAGUCCAGUUCGAAUUGUUGCUCCAAAGGAGGAAGUUCAAAAUGAUUUCAGUACGACAAGACAUAACUUAGAUCCUGAAACGAUGGACUUCGACAAUAUUCAAGAUGUGCAACUGUCUAUCGAAAGUGAAGAAAAUUCACUGGAUGUUAAGGAGAUUCAGAAUCUUCAGGAAUCCGUUAGUGUAGGAAUUUCAAAUGAAGACAGUAUAGCCAGAAACUUGUCAGAAAUAUCCUCGUAUGAGGAUUUCAUGGAACGGAUAGAUAAAAAGCUCAGUGAAAUUGAAGCUGAACUAGUUACUGUUUUGAACGUCUCAACCUUGGUACUUGUUAAUGAAGAGAGACCAAAUAAUUCCAGGUUGCAACAAACAAUCGAACUCCUUGAGACCAUCCAUGGAAUUAGGAAGAGAAUUAGAAGAACCAAGGAGGCAGAACUGAGGAUCUGAUAAAUUUUGUUUUGCUUAACUCAUCUUCUACAUCCAGGAGUUGGCAACCUAGUGAUGUCAUAUAUGAGUCUAAUGAGACAGUUACAUAUAAGUACGUACAUACACACACAUACACAUGUAUAUAUAUGUUUUGGUAAAUUAUUCUUUUAAUCACUUGUCAACUGCUAUGAAUAGAUGACAAAUUAACUCAUUUAUUAAUCACUAACUGACCGAACCAUUUGUUUUGGUAUUACUGCUAUUGUUUUAGCUGCUGAUUUUCGAAGACUAUUAUCGUGAUGAAUCCUACAAUCCUAAAUUUGCAUACCCGAAUUGUUAAAAAAGGCGUUGUUGUCACCACGAGUUUUAAACUAAUUGCUUUAUAGAAUUGUAACCAAAACCUUUCAAUUGCAGAAAAUGUACAGAACAAAAAACGUAUUCAUAACUAGACUGCACAAAUUUCUGUGAACUAAUGUACUUAUUAUGCUAGCACCUUCAGCAGUUUUCUUGCAUCUGAAAUGUCCCUUUCAUGAUAUUUAAAACAUUAGUUUGAAGUAUGGCAUGCUUAACUAUUAUCAGUAAUUAACUUGCACACAAACCUACCAAAUCCAAGAUGUUUAAUGGUAGUCAUUCAGAUGUACAGUCCCUUUUUCUCCCAUCUCCGAGUACCUUUUGAUGCAAGAAAAUUGUCAAAUAUUAUUCAGAACGGAGUACCACAAAAUUCCAAAUUGUGUAUUCUUUUACAUUGAGGUAUGACAUCACAUCAGGAAACCAAUAGAACUAGGAUUACAAAGUAAGAGUAAUAAUGGGGCACCCGCGAUAUUAUGCUUUUCAAUUUUCACAAGUGUUGGUGCAAGUAAAGGAAAUGCUUCUAUUCACUGAGUAUCCGUAUUUCAUGCGUAUGGACAACUGAUUUCAAAUGGUUGGUCAUGACGUGCAUCACACACUUAGUUUUUGACCAAAUAAUAAUGAGGGAUGAGCUAACACCAAAGUUAUCUUUGUGGGCUGAUGAUUG